AAAAAUUAUGAUGCUCAGCUGAAAUGUGUUGCUCAUGUGGUAAAACUAUAUAAGAGAGUUUUCAGGAGUAUUGCUCAUGUGGUAAAACUAUAUAAGAGAGUUUUCAGGAGUAUUUUUAAACCAAGUGCUACUUUCUGUCUCUCAUAACAGUACUUCUUUCUCUCUCUCAGCAGAGCUACUUUCUGUCUCUCAGGAGAACCUGCAUUUUUUUAUCCUAGCUGACACAGGUGUGGGUGUUAUCAGAAGAAAAAAAGCCUUCUACAUCGGAAGGUCAGGGUUAUAAUUCAUUGGAACUGUAUUCAUCAUUGGAGUUUCCCCUCAUGGAAAAUUAAGAAGAUACUUCAGAGAUUUGUACAGAUGUAGAGAUUGUAGAGAAUGUGUUCUGAAAAUCUCACUAAUGGUUUUUGUUUUCUGACAUGGUUGAAAAUGGCUCCAUUUAUCAGAUUUGGAUUUGAAUGGUGAUGUUGCCAGUCUCCUUAAAUUCUAAUCACUUAACAUUUUUCGUUGAACUGUCUAGAGGUUUAAAAUCUUUCUCUCAGUGUGUCAUUUGAAUGUUUUUACUGAAAACCCUUCACAUUUGGAUAGAAAGACUUUUAUAAUACCAUUGAGGCACACCUAAUACACACAAAGUUUUCUCUCCAAAAGAUCACAUGAUUGUCUCAGAAACUUGUAGUUGAGUUUCAGUGACAAAGUUUUGGGUCUGACUAGAAGGAUAAAAAACACACUUGGAACACUUAACUAGCACGCAUCUUAUUUCAAGUAGUGCAGACAUGAACCUGUUAUCUACCAUCAAGUGAGGUUUAUACCAAUUAAAGUGACACUGGAUUUGGACACAACAACCCACAGGCCCUCCAACUUUUUAAACCAGACUGAUCUUCAGGAAGGAUUACAUACAAUGGAUGAUACAGGUUUUGUGUUGACCUGAUGAUACAGGUUUUGUGUUGACCUGAUGAUACACAGUUUUGUGUUGACCUGAUGAUACAGGUUUUGUGUUGACCUGAUAAUACAGAGUUUUGUGUUGACCUGAUGAUACAGGUUUUGUGUUGACCUGAUGAUUCAGAGUUUUGUGUUGACCUGAUGAUACAGGUUUUGUGUUGACCUGAUGUACAGAGAUUUGUGCAAUAGUAAAAAUCAGGGUUUUUGUUGAAGGAAAAUUAAGUUCAGGGAUAAAUGAAAACUUAAUUCUCAUCGAUUAUAUGUGGAAGUAAUUCAAUAUACAAUAUGGAGAGGAAUUCAUGGAAGUUGCAGAAAGUUCUAGAUGUUUUAUAUAUGUGUACCUGAAGGAAUUGUAAGCUUGAUUUUUUCAUGUUUCUGUGAAUAUAAAAGUUUUAGAUGUUUGUGGUGCAGCCAGGAUCCGUCAAAGUUGGAACAGGCUUGGUGGCACCAGGAUCUGUCCAAGAUAAAACAACAGACAUUGUGUCGUCACAAUCCAUCAAAGUUGGAACAAUCCCUGUGUCAAAGAGGUUUGAUGUAGGUGGUGCAGGUAUUAUGCAGAAGAAAUGGGCUGGAGUACAGUAUGUUUAUACCCGCGUAAAUGUGUACCACAGUAAUCGCAUCGAACUGCGAUGGAAACGUUCAGUUCACUACUGUGAUUCUUGCGACUAUGGAGCGAGUGGGAUUGCAAGUAGUGCCCCAGGGGUCAGGGGUCGGGGAAGUGUGCCAUGUGGGGCAGUUCACUAUGGACGUUGUACGCCUGUAUCAUAUCCAUUCCCACAAAACUACAGGAAAAAGAGUCCGAUCUCUCCCUCCUCUCCAGGCCCUAUCCCUGUCGCCAAAGUCAUUCCUACUCGACCAGUCAAGGUUGAGACAACUUCUGACCAAUCAAGGGUCACUGCGGUCGAGCCGGACAAGGAAUAUGUUGACGGGACAAACUCUGGAAAAGAUUCCAAAGAAAUUGUAUCUCGUGACAGCCACAGUGAUAAAGACAAUGUCCAGAUCACUAGUAAAGCAAGUGACAAGGAAAACAAGGAGUUAUCUCCCCCUCUGUCAACUGCUGCGCCCACGAUCACAACACUAUCAGAUAAAGAUGGCAAGAGCAAAAGGAAGGAUAAGACUAGACAGCUCAAUGUAAACAUCCCCAAGUUCUACUUUCCUCUGGGUCAGCCUGCGGGGGACGGAGAUAGGGACAAAGUGCCACAGGCGGUCACUCAGGAGUUCUCCAAUCUGGAGGGAGGAAAGGCCUUUAAACAACACAUGGCAGCUAUCAUGAAGGCAUGCAAACUCCCUCUUUAUUGGAAAAGCAUGAUAUUUCAUGCAGCAGGAGGUGAAAAGAAUGGCUUCAUUACACAACAGUCCUUCAAUUCCAUGUGGAAAAGAAUAUUCCAAACAUGUCAUGACCGACCGUCACAGUUUGUUAAACUAUUAGCUAAACCUUCUACUAACUACCUCGACGAGGACGACCUGAUUCCAUUAAUUCAGGAUGUUGUGGACACACACCCUGGUUUGACCUUUCUUCAAGAGGCUCCAGAAUUCCACUCCAGAUAUGUUAAUACUGUGAUAGCUAGGAUGUUUUACUGUAUAAACCGAUCAUGGACAGGCAUGAUCACAAUACCAGAACUAAGGCGGAGUAACUUUUUACCGACAUUAGAACGACUAGAAGAAGAGGACGAUAUUAAUCAAGUCAUUGAUUUUUUUUCCUAUGAACAUUUUUAUGUUGUGUACUGUAAGUUUUGGGAACUCGAUAAAGAUCAUGAUCUUCUCAUCGACACAAACGACUUGUCACGCCACAACGAUCAUGCUAUAGCAACACGGGUGAUUGACAGAAUAUUCUCAGGAUGUGUAACGAGAGGUAAGACAUUCAAGGAGGGCAAGAUGAGUUAUCCGGAGUUUGUGUGGUUUCUGCUGUCCGAGGAGGAUAAACGGAACCCUACAAGUAUAGAGUAUUGGUUCCGCUGUAUGGAUCUAGAUGGUGAUGGUGUGAUCUCAAUGUACGAAAUGGAAUACUUCUAUGAGGAACAGAUGCAAAAAAUGGAGGACAUGGGCAUUGAGAAACUUCCCUUUGAAGAUUGUCUUUGUCAGAUGUUGGAUUUAGUAAGACCAAAACAGGAAGGACGAGUAACUCUAGCAGAUCUAAAAAGCUGUAAAAUGACCAAUAUUUUCUUUGAUACAUUCUUCAACCUAGACAAGUUCCUGGAACAUGAACAACGAGACCCAUUCGCCAAUGUUAGGGAUUUGGAGAAUGAUGGUCCUGAACCUACCGACUGGGAAAAAUAUGCCUCAGACGAAUAUGAAAACCUUGUAGCAGAGGAGGGGGCCAUGGAACAGGAAGAAAUACUGUAUGAAGAUGACUUUGAACCAGAUGAUGAUGAGAUCAUUCAGAAGGAGCGUGCUAACUUGGAUCUUGAAAUGCAGCGGAACUCUCCUGUGUCACGAGGGAAAAUAGGCAUGAAGAAUACAAACGAUGAUAUAUAUGACUUCAGUAUAAAAGAUCUUGGCUAUUAACCUUAGUUAUUGUCACAAGUAGAAAAUUUAGGCUGUUCUAUCAACAGUAUGUUGGCUGUUCUAUCAACAGUAUGUUGGCUGUUCUGUCAACAGUAUGUUGGCUGUUCUAUCAACAGUAUGUUGGCUGUUCUAUCAACAGUAUGUUGGCUGUUCUAUCAACAAUAUGUUGGCUGUUCUAUCAACAGUAUUGGCUGUUCUAUCAACAGUAUGUUGACUGUUCUAUCAACAGUAUGUUGGCUGUUCUAUCAACAGUAUGUUGGCUGUUCCGUCAACAGUAUGUUGGCUGUUCUUAGGACUUUUGUUCAGGCCUUUCUAACUUUUGAUAACUAUACAGCCAAAUUGUCUCACAUGGACUGUGUUUGGUCAGCAUGCAGUACGCUAUGUUAUAAGGACCAGUUGGUCGGAAGGAGAGUGAUACCAAACAUGCUACAAUAAUGGUUAUCUGUAUGCAUAAAGUGAGAGUGAAUAUAAAAUUUUCACAUGUGAGGAGAAAAAAAAGUGUUUUUCGAUAUCUAGGUAAUUGGUAUUGUUAUAUAUUAAGGAUUUUCAUUACACAUAUUGUCCUGCACCAGAAUUGAUACAAAGCUUAAGUUUGUAAUUGGUUAAUGCAGCGAGUGUACUGGAGAUUAUGAGAUAUAACCAUGUUAUAAGUCAACACAUUCACCAAACUGGGGCAGUAUCAUAUGAACUGAAACCACACACUAGCAAAGGAAAAACAAGCCCAGGGUUGCUCUCUGUUCUUGUUUAAUGUAAAUGGUAUACAGUGUAUUUUAUUAAGUAUUCACUAAAUUAUGGCUGUUGGUUGUGGAGUUUACAUUGACAGCAUGUACAUGUUAUUUAGCUAUGUAUAUAUAAUUUAUUAGUGUACAAAUUGUGACUGUGAAUGGAAAAUUGAAAGUUUCAUGAAUUUAGUAAGAGAUUGAUAUAGAAUACAUGUAUACUAACUUUAUGUUUUUUUUUUCAGAUUUCAGGUUUGCAAUGUACAAAACUUUAAAAUGUGAGAUGAUUUUUGUUAUGAAUUUACAAAAAAGGGAGAAAAAAAUUAUUAAGAAACGCAAAAUAUUUGUGAAGUUAAUGUAUUGAUUCCGUCCUCUUUAUUAUUGCAGCAUAGAUAUCAGAAGUCAUUUCCAACAAUUUAUAUCCUGUGCCUUAUUAUUCUUUGUGUCAGCUGUUAAUAACAUUGUUGACUUUGUGAUGUUUAUAUACUGAGGGCUGACAUCUGACAUGAAUGAAGGAGGAUAUGGGAUUAUAGGUUAAAUACAAAUCUACAAAUAUAGGAGAAUAGUCAGAAUUUUUCUCAGACUUUCUUUAGUACCACUUUGUCUAGAUAUUAUGGUUAAGUUCAUCUAAGAAAAUUUUUUCUCUAAAAUUUUGGUAAAAUUUAAAUAAGACAAAACUGAUUAUGGUAUCAGGAAAGAACUGAAAAUUGUGUUAAGGGAUUUUUUCCCCCAAAGUAUGCAAUUUAUUUCAAGAAGCAUCACCAACGAAAGAUGACUGUAUUGUGAAGGAAGGAAGAAGCGAUUGGUUAGCUUUGAGGGAUUGUAGAAUAGGUAUGAUGACAAGGAUUGAGAAUGUGUGAUGAUUGCAUAUCUGGGCAUUUGGAGUUACCUCCCUUGUAACUAUCUCUGUGGCCUUUCUGUUGACAGACUAGUCUAUACAUUUGGAACUUGAUUUACUCCUAAUAAGUGUUAUUGGUAAAUCUUACUCUUUGUAUUUUGGUAAAUCCUACCCUUCAUAUUGAAAAAAAACCCAACAAUAUGCUAUUUUUUCUUUAUUGAAUGUUUCCCCAUUUAUAUGUAGUGUUUAACUGUCAGUGAUAUCAUAUUUUGCUUUUGUUUUAUUUAGCAUCCCUACGGAGUUGAGAUUCAAAAU